CUGAACAGAAGAUGCUCGGAAUGUGUUGGCAGGCAGCCACGGACGAUUUCAGGUUCACUGUGAAGUAUCACCGAGUUCCAAGCAGCGUAUUGAACGGCGCUCGAGUCCCUACCAAGAGGGAGUAUUUGAGCUUGGUCAUGUCCACGUUCGAUCCCCUGGGUUUCCUGUGUUGCCUUAUGAUAACAGCGAAGUUGCUGCUACGAGAGAUUUGGAGGCAGAAGAUCCAGUGGGAUGAACCACUUCCGGACGAGAUAUACAAGGCCUUUGUGAACUGGCGCAAGGAAAUGGACGCCGUGGGACAGUUCCGAUGUCCUCGCCAUUACUUCGGGCGUGGACUUGUGAGGGCUAUAGAAAUGCAUGUCUUCGUGGAUGCAAGUCAGUCUGUAUUCGCGGCAGUGGCCUACUGGAGGGUCAUCUAUGAGGAUGACGACGUGCUGGUGAGCUUCGUAUGUGCUAAAACGAAGUGCGCGCCGAUGAGAACAAUGUCAAUCCCACGGUUGGAGCUGCAGGCAGCAGUUCUAGGAACCAGGCUGAUGGACACUGUCAAGAGGGAACACUGUGUGGCCAUCAGUGAUAUCGUUUUAUGGACGGACUCCAAGACGGUGCUAAGAUGGAUCGGCAGCACCCACCGGCGAUAUAAGCAGUUCGUCGGCAGUCGGGUGGCAGAAAUCUUGGAGUCGAAGAAGGUAGCCCAAUGGAGAUGGGUACCAACUGCCGACAAUGCGGCGGAUAAUUCGACGCGUUCGCAAUGCCACUUGGACCUCAGUCAGAAGUCACGUUGGCUAGGCGGACCAGCAUUUUUGUGGCAGCCGGCGGGCAGCUGGGACCGUUUCUGGAAGAGGUGGGUCUUGGAGUAGCUGCCUACACUUGUGCGCCGAGAGAAAUGGUGCCAGAGGACGGAGCCGAUUCGCCAGGGUGACAUGGUCUUCAUCUGCGAUCCAGCCUUGCCCCGAAGAGAGUGGCGCAAGGGCAUUGUGGAAGCCGUUUACAAAGGAGUCGAUGGAGUCAUCAGACGCGCUAGAGGUUAAAGCAGGAGGACAUACUGCGCCAGCACCAGCCAGUGCCAGUGCCAGUACCUGCAGUGGUCAGCAGCAGAGGCAGCAACUUGCGACAGGUUAAAGGCAACUCCGCGGGACCAUACUGUAUACAGUAUACUGUAUGGUUAGUGACAAAACCCAAUAAAGCGAACAGCCAUUGUAAUGCUUGUGCUGAUUUUUGUAUUAUGAAGAACAUUUUGUACCGGUGAUUGAGAUUAAAUGGCCGCCGCUUUCAGUUAUUCUAGAAA